AAAAUGGAACGAAGUUUAAAAUUGUUUAUGUUGCUGCUCGUUAUUAUCCUUUCUAUGGCGAUAACAUCGGAGUCAUCCGUGCCACAGCCAAGAGCGCCAAACUUCCAGUACUUUGAAAGACCGAAAUACCGCUAUCCAUACUACGACGAGAACGGAAAAGGCAAACUAUUGUACGGGUACGGCGGACCGGAUUUAUAUCAAUAUAAGUCGUAUUCUCCGCUAGAGGGCAUUCAUUAAGCAUUUUAUAUUACUUUAUAAUAUACAAAGCUUAAAUUAAUAAUUAUAAACCAAGUACUAUUUGUAAGAUAGAAUAUUUUAAUAAACUCUACUAAAUAACUCUGUUUUACUUAUUCUUCUGGUAAAAUUACCAAGCAUAAACAUUAAAACACAUUCACAUACCUAAAUACUAUUAAAAUUAUUAUUUUUUAAAAAGCUUAAAUUGUAAUUGAAUUGUAUAAAUUAAUCUACAAGCUAAUUUUACUUCGUCCACUAUAGGAACCAAAUGACAAAUUGUACUUACUAUACUGACUAUAUGGUUAAGGGUGAACCACACACAAACAUAAUAAAUUAAAAUAUUUAGAGUUAUUUAUUACAUAACUAGCUUUCGCCAGCGACUCCGUUCGCGUGGAAUUAAAAUUACAAAAGUAAAUAGCCUAUAAUAUGUUCUUUCAGAUCAUGCUUUACAUCUGCCAAACUCCAUAGAUUUAGUUUAUUCUAAAAACUAACAAACAACCAUCCAUCCAUCUAAACUUCCGCAUUUAGAUUUGACAGUUUGACUCAUAGGACAUAAAUAUGCUGUUUUCUUUUGGUUGUCAUAGGUUAAGUAUUCACAUAGUAUGUAAAUCGGCGUCACAUUGUAAAUGCUUAGCACAUUACUUACGAUAACGACCGAUUGUGUAUACAAGUUUGCCGUAAAGUUGACAUCUUGAGCCAAGGUAGAGGUUGUAUGAGAUUAAACAAUAUUAUAUAAUUAAGAGGAAGAUGUCUUGUAGAACAAAAACGAAAUACCUUACUUAAAUAAAAUAUUAGAAAUAAAUAAAAUU